GGAGGAGGAGCCGCCUCGAUCCGCGCAAGCGCAAUGGGUGGAAGGGCGCUCCGACUCCGCGCGCACGCGUACCACCCGGACUUGGCGGUCGCUCGAUAACUGGGACUGGAAGGCGGGUUCAAGUGCGCCGGCGUCGAUAGGACGCAUGCGUCGAGCUCGCGACUGAGGCAGCCGACUUGCCCUUUUCUCGGAUAAUUCUUUCGAGACUGAUUUUCCCGCCUCAGCCGACGGCCUGGGGGGCGCAUGCGCGAAAUGAGUCGAAAGGGCCGUGACUGUUGCUUGGGGAUACGCAAAGAAGGAAGCGUGGAGGGAGGCGUGAGAACUUAGGCGCAUGCGCCGUGGGACGAAGAAAAAAACCGGGGCAAGGCGGCUGAGAAUGUCCAUCGUAGCCAUUCAACUUGGCCAGUGUGGCAACCAAAUUGGGCGUGAGGUGUUUGAUACUAUCUACACAGACCUCCACAGCUCCCAGGGGUUCUGCUCCAAGAAGGAGAAUGACUCUUACCAGGCAGCUUGUAAAGAACGUUUCUUUGAGGAAAAAGCUGGAGGUAUGGUUGCCCGGGCUGUUCUGGUCGACAUGGAACCUAAAGUGAUCAACCAGACUUUAUCCUUUGCCUCAAGAACUGGGAACUGGAGAUACGGCCCCCAGUCUGCCUUCUGUCAGAAACAAGGAUCAGGAAACAAUUGGGCAAACGGUUACUGCGUCCAUGGCCCCAAACACGAAGAGGCGAUCAUGAACCUCAUUCAGACGGAAGCGGAGAAGUGCGACCGGCUCGGAGGCUUCUUGAUGAUCAUGAGCAUGGCUGGUGGGACGGGGUCAGGCCUGGGGGCCUUUGUGACGGCAGCCCUACGAGAGGCUUAUCCACACUCCUUCCUGCUCAACCAUGUUAUCUGGCCAUAUGGAACUGGAGAGGUGAUUGUCCAAAAUUACAACUCUGUCUUGACGCUCUCCCACUUAUACCAAUCUUCGGAUGCCCUUCUGGUGCACGAGAACGACGCCGUCCAUAAGAUCUGCCUGCAGCUGAUGAACAUCAAGCAGAUUUCUUUCCAGGAUGUCAAUCGAGUGAUCGCACAUCAGCUGGGUAGCGUCUUCCAGCCGGCCUACUCCUCUGAAGGGGCGGCUCACUACAGCAGGUCACCUCUAGGGGACCUGAUGGAAGCUUUAGUUCCCCAUCCCGAGUUCAAGGUGCUGGGCCUCCGGAAUAUCCCUCAAAUGUCCGAAAAUUCCCUUGCUUACACUACCUUUGCUUGGCCUGGGCUCCUGAAACACCUCCGGCAGAUGCUCAUUGCAAACGCCAAAAUGGAAGAAGGUAUUGACUGGCAGGUGCGGCCUCCCAUCAGCAGACUUCCUGCAGCUGAGAAGCCCUCUUUACAUCGGGCGGCUAAUUUCAAUACUUCGAUUGCCAAUUUGGUCACUCUGCGAGGGAAGGACGUACAGUGUGCAGAUCUGGGAGGUUUCCAAGAUCCAGCCUUGUACACUUCCUGGCUCAACCCUCCACAGGCCUUGAGCAUCUGGAAGACGCCCAGAGCUUUUAAUAAGUAUGAAAAAUCAGCCUGUCUGGUCAGCAAUAGCCAGUUUUUGCUCAAUCCGCUCAACAGCCUAGUGGGAAAAGCCUGGAAAAUGUUUGCUUCCAAGGCUUACAUCCACCAGUAUUCAAAAUUUGGAAUUGAAGAAGACGAUUUUCUGGGCUGUUUCACCACCUUGGAACAAGUGAUUGCCAGCUACAGCAGCCUCUGAUCUCCCAGAGCACAUACGUUCUCCGUGCCUUUUCCAGGAGGAUCAAAACUACAAUGAGGAUGGGCUACUGGGCACCCAUCCCAACGAAGCACAUGGAUCCUGCAGUGCCUUGCUAGAGCUUCCGUACCCGUGGAGGCAAUUCCUAGCAGGUGCACAUUUUCGAUGGAGGAAGUACGUUUAAUGACAAAUAUUUGAAAGGGGAUCUGGAGUUCAGCUUUGAAUCACAUCAGGCACCCUCGACGAUUGAAGCGGGUUCUUUUCAUUCACCAGCCUGUAUAUUUUCUACGUUCCUGGUUUUGUAUGUAUUGUACUGAAUAUAGUCAUUAACUUAUGACAUCUGCCUGGGUGAAUACGCAGGUUUUUUUCCUACAGCAACAACAUGGGGCACAGGGAGUCCUUGACUUACAACCGUUCACUUAGUGACUGUUUGAAGGUAUGAUACUGGAAAAAAUAACUUCUAUAUCGCACUUGGCAACCGGCCUAUGUGUGGCAACCCAACAGUGUCAAUCGACCAAGUCUUAGUGCGUUGUUUCUACACAAUAAGCCAAAAUAAUCUGAAGCUAUCUAACAGCACUUUUUCAGAGUUACACAUUUUAUUUUAUUAAAAGACAUAAAGCUUUGUGAACUACAACUCA